CAAACAGGGAAGCGUUGAGUCAGUGUUGAGCUCGUGCCCGUGUUUUUGCAGUCACGGAGGAGCGGGCUCACCGUUUCACGCUGUUAUAAGGCGCAAGGCGGAUGGUAGAGACACUCUGCUUCAGAAGUUUGUAGCUGGAUGAAGAAAAUGGGCUCUUUUCGCUGCUCCGGGCCGAAGAUGUUCAGCUUUCUCCUGAUCUGCGUCACUUUGUGGAGCCACCUAAGCGGGAGCAGCGGGGCCAGCUCUUCCCGGAGACCUAACAUCGUUCUGAUCCUCACCGACGACCUGGACGUCGCUAUCGGGGGUCUGAAUCCACUGAACAAGACGAAAAAACUCAUCGGUGACGCAGGGAUGACCUUCACAAAUGCAUUUGUUGCCAGCCCGCUGUGCUGCCCCAGUCGUGCCAGCAUCCUGACGGGGAAAUACCCCCACAACCACCACGUCAUCAACAACACCUUGGAUGGAAACUGUAGCAGCAAAGCCUGGCAGAAGAGCGAGGAGCCGCACACCUUCCCCGCCUUACUGAAGGCCUCCGCUGGCUACCAGACAUUCUUUGCUGGGAAAUAUCUCAACCAGUAUGGGCACUCGGAAGCUGGUGGAGUGGAGCACGUUCCUCCAGGUUGGAGUUACUGGGUCGGGCUGGAUAAAAACUCUAAAUACUACAACUACACACUAUCAGUGAAUGGGAAGGCUCAGAAGCACGGAGCUGACUACAGCAAAGAUUACCUGACAGAUCUGCUGGCCAACAUGUCUCUAGACUUCCUCCAAUAUAAAACCAGCUACCAGCCGUUCUUCAUGAUGGUGUCCACGCCGGCCCCCCACUCCCCCUGGACGGCAGCACCUCAGUACCAGAACCGCUUCAACAACACCAAGGCUCCCCGAGAUCCCAACUUCAACGUCCACGGGAAGGACAAACACUGGUUGAUCAGACAGGCGAAAACUCCCAUGUCAAACUCCUCCAUUCAGUUUCUGGAUGAUGCCUUCAGGGGACGGUGGCAAACUUUACUGUCAGUGGACGACCUGGUGGAGAAAAUAGUGAAGAGGUUGGAGGUCAGAGGUGAACUGAACAAUACCUACAUCUUCUUUACUUCUGAUAAUGGAUAUCACACAGGUCAGUUCUCUCUCCCAGUGGAUAAAAGGCAGCUGUAUGAGUUUGACAUCAGAGUUCCUCUCAUGGUCAGAGGACCGAAUAUCAAACCCAACCAGACCAGCCAGAUGUUGGUAGCGAACGUUGACCUUGGUCCGACCAUCCUGGACAUCGCUGGGUACAACGUCAACAAGACCCAAAUGGACGGCAUGUCGUUUCUGCCAAUUAUGGAGGGGAAGAUGAACAGCAGCAGUUGGAGAACAGACAUCCUGGUGGAGUACGAAGGCGAGGGCAGGAACAAGACAGACCCUGCCUGCCCGCUACUGGGACCCGGAGUGUCGGAGUGUUUCCCAGACUGUGUGUGUGAGGACUCUUACAACAACACUUACGCCUGUGUGCGCACCAUCGCCCCCUCUUCCAACCUGCAGUACUGCGAAUUUGAUGACAAUGAGGUUUUCGUAGAAGUCUACAACGUGACUGCAGACCCGUACCAGCUGACCAACAUUGCAAAAACCAUUGACAAGGAAGUCCUGGAGAAGAUGAACCACCGGCUGAUGAUGUUGCAGUCCUGCUCCGGACAGUCAUGUCGGACACCCGGCGUGUACGAUCCGAGGUAUAAAUUUGACCCACGGCAGAUGUUUACCAGCCACAGCUGGAGGCUCAGCAGACUCAGGCAGACACUGAAGUAGGAAGACGGCGAAGGAUGUGGGGAAGCUGGGGAAGAAGGGCUGCGUUGAGUGAUGUGUUCAGCCUUUCCUGAUGUUGUUGCCUUGUUGUCGGGCCUCCUGAGCCAGUCUCUUUGUAAAAUGAAGAUGGAGAAGGGAUCAGGUGGGGGUCAUAUUGUGGGGCUGCUGGAAGAUAGGAGGCCCACCUUUAAACUGUCUGUUUGGACUGCUUUUCAAUUAUUUUGUCAGUAGGUGUGAAAGAGAGCCAGAUUAUUCAGAACUGAUUUACACAAGGCAAGCCAUGAAUUAAAACCCUGUUUUCCUAUAAGCCUUAUUUUACACUGAACAUAUCACUUUAAUUCCUUUCAACUACUCACUCUUCUAAUUGUUUAAUUUAUGGUUGAACACUUGAAUUUAUCAGAGAAAGCUACAGAGCCCUUACUUUCCCAUUAGGUGUGACUUUUUUUUUCUAUCUCAUGCACUCAUUUUAAAUUUUACUAUAAAUUCACUUUUAUGACUUUGCUUACUGUGAGUGGCAUAAACUGCAGUUCCUCUAAUGGCCACUUGAGGGUGGCUUCAAAAGUGAGGCAGUCCCAAUAGAUUCCCAUGUUAAAAUGUCAAACUUAGCACUAGAAAUAAACACAUUUACAGGCUGCUACAAAAAGCAGUUCUGGUCUUUACUGUUAAUCUAACUCUUCAUAACAACUGUAAGGUAGUUUAAUUUAAAAAUAACCCAUUUAUUUUAGUUAUAUUAUGGUAUAAGGAUUAUACGAUUAGGCCCUCUUUAACUGGUGGAUGCCAGCAUAGGUUUACUUCAGCGACUUUGAGUAACUAAACCGGAAUUUCAACUUUAUUUUUAAUGCCUUUGUUCAUUGUAGUUGUUUGACAAAUAAUAUGACCUGCUGUGUAGUUAAUGGUACAAAAGUCUGUCCAAGAAGUUUCUGCUGCAAUUUUAGUUGUUGUUUUGGGGUUUGUUUUCUUUUUUUUUAUUUUUGCACUAAUUAGUCAACUUGUUUCUAUUCAAAGCAGUCAUCCAAUCAAUGGACCCAUCUGCGUAAAACUAGAAAACAGACUAGACAGUAUUUUUUUCCUUACACUAUUCCCCCUGAGUAAAAGCACGCACUGACGUUAGCUGAAAACUUGGUUCAUCCUCCAGUCCAAAGACUAAUCUUGCAAACCACUACCUAACACUGUAAAGCUUUCUGAGGUCAAACUAAAACUUCUUUAGCAGAUUUUUCUCUCUUAUAUCACAGUUGUAUGCAUUCAUUACAGACAUGUAGGAGUUUAUAGUAAAUAAUCCUGUGCGCACAAUAAUGAAAUGUCACCUUAAGGGACUCUGGGGGCUCUGCAGAAAGUUGUACUUGAAAUACUUCGGCAAAUACAAGCUCUAAACUGCAAACAAGGCUCCACUUUAAGAUUUUCUUAAACAGUUCAUGUAUCCAGGUUAAUUUUAUCAGGUUUAGAGCAAAGUUCUCAGAGCAAAAGAGGUUCCUCUGACAGGCCGAAACAAAUAAGUAAAUUUUAAUUUAUCAGAAUUAUACGACUGAUUAAUCAACUCAAGUUCAAGCCACAGUCACAUUACCCUCUCAGUUGCUCUGCACAUCCUCCUGUGAUGUAGUUAGCAAACAAAAUUUGAUCAUUUCAGUCUCCCAGGUUUUAUAACUCUAACAAGAUCCCCCUUCCCAAUUUAGCGCAAUGUCCAAGAUAAACGCCGACCGUUGACCUGAGAGAUUACACAAAACAAAAAACUUUUAAUUUUAAUUAAUAAAGUUUUUUUUAAUUAAAAAUAAGAGUUUGCUGACAUUAUUCUGCCGACCCCUCAGUUAAACUCAGAUUGGAUCAUUUAUCAUUCUUAAUGACCGAUUAAAGUGUCAGCUGUAAACUGAGAAAGGUUGAACAUACAAGCAUGGUCAAAAAUAUAUAUGCACCAGAAAUUACAUUAGUUAUCUCACAGAAAUCGAUGUCUUGAACUUGUUAAGAUGACGUUAAAAAAGGUCUAUCAUAACCGAUUAACCUUUCUUGGCUGGGCUGGGUAAAAAGAGUCCGGAUGAAUUGUUGAAAAGUGGCAACGGCAUUUCAACCAAACGUCCUUUCAAGAAAGAAUUAUAAAUCAGGUUUAAUGCUGCAGCAUCAUUUCAAUGCUUAUUCCAAGACUGUUGCGUUCAGUCAUGAAAUAAUCAGCAUUUUAACUUCUGUCUCACCUGAUUUCAAAUAACUGAGUUCAUUUAAGAUGUUGUGACACUUCACUAAAUCUGAAUUUCUGUACCAAGAUCUAAAAGCUCAUCUUCAAAUUUCAAACAGAAAAGCUAAGUUUUCAUAAAUAUCAAGAAAAAACCCAUCUGAUUUAAUAAAGUGUAAAGCCCUCUAUAACCCUGGAUUUACAUUUUUAUCGUUCUUUAAACAAAAAUGUCUUCAUUUUAAUGUUCCUUCUGCUCCAGUUUGGCUUUUUACAGAUUGUGCCAUUUCUUUAAAAUAUCAAAGUUUUGUGAAAUCUGAGGUUGACAUCAUUCCUGUGCAUAUAUCUAAAUGCAUAAAGCUCUAGCCAGUGGCUGAUUAGCGUAGGAUAAAAAAUAAAAACAAAAAACCCAACCAACAGUACCCAUAGAGCCUCUAAAGUUACUACUGGUUAGUUUUAGUUCUGCUCGUAGGUCGAGUCAGGCUAUCAGUGUCCCAAUGUUUCCAGGCUUUAUGUUAAGCUAAGCUAAGGGUCUCCUGGUUGUAGCUUUAUGCUCACUAAGCAAACACGAGUGGUAUCGAUCUCCUGUCUAACUUUAAAGCUGCCUGGAGCCAAAACAUUGUGCUGAUGUUCAAACUUGUCAAAUUUAUGUUCAGUAAGAUGUGUGCAGAUCACUCUGAGAUGGAAACCUCAGAGGGAAAAUGCUAAACAUCUGUUUUUAAAACAGACUACUUGUCAUGUUGACUGAGAACCGAAAAGACUUUCCCACGUUCUACUGUCUUGUUAUUCUUUAAUAAUACUAUUGUGUUCAUGUAUUGCCUCUUGCUCUGUAUUCAAGAAACUGGACUGAAUUCACGUGAUCAUCGAAAUCCUCCACUGGACUGUUUUUCCCCGCCCCCCACACAACUGAUCACUGAUCGUAUCUUCGACUCACUGAUGCACUUUCCGCUCUGUCAGAACAGUUCAGUCGUUUUGGCACCCUUGAGUAGUUUUUGAUUAUGUAUUUUUGGCUUAUGUGUUUUUGUCCAAAUAAAGAUCUAUUCUAAAGCAA